GAUGAUUUGACAGUAACGGACGACGGUGUUGAACUCUUUGUGGGGGCCGUCCCAGUAGUGUUGGUUGCUACUGAACCAACUAAGCUCAAUCGCAAUUUUGCUAUGACUGAGUCUCCACCACCUCCCCACGAUUUCACUGAUCACAAGCAGCAUAUGCAAUGGCUGGUCGAGCGUGAGAAAUAUGCACAAACAGUUCCCAUGAUACCACAAGAUUUCUCCAAAGGAUCUCACAGCAAAAGCAUGUCCUCCACUGUCCUUCAAAGAGCUCUGAGUAAUCCAUUUGUUCCUAUCGGUAUGGCUGCAACAGUGGGAUGUCUCGUUGGUAUGCUGAGUGCAACUUUAAAACGAAAACCUAAUCAGGCACAGCUUUUCAUGCGUGGCCGCUGUCUUGCUCAAGGAUUCACAGUUGCUGCUUUGGUGUACGGGGCGAUCUAUUUUGGUCUGAAACCAGAAGGAAUGGGUGUUUCCGUAGAGGAUCGUACUAGCUCGUUCCCCGGUAAAAUGAACAAGGCUUAG